AUGGAUAUCCCCAAGCUAACCAUCAAAGGUGACACUCUGGGUCGAACAUUGGACGAUGCAUUCAACAAAAAGGCGAGGGAAGGCGGUAUGACUGAAAAGGAACGCAUCAACGCAUUCAACAAGAACAUGAUGUGUAAUGGUUUCUUGGAACUCGGCCCCAUCAAAUUUCUACAAGACAACGGAGGUGCAAGAUGGCUUUUAACAGAGUAUGAGGCUGGCGAUGUUGUUUUUCACAAGCCACAUAUGAUCCACGCUUCAAUUAUCAAUAAGGAUCCUGGGAACCGAAUUCGACUCGGCACGGAUUUGAGAGACGGUCUGCACCUUUUCGGCUCGAUGAUGGGUUGUGAAGUGACUUCUCGUGAGAAGGGAUCAAACAAGUCAGUUGCAUAA